UUUUUAAUUAGGGAAGGUGGAGCAACCUAAUCCUGUUUGGUUACCUGCACCCUCCUCUACCUGUGUGUACAGAAAGAGACGAUAUUACCCCCGGCAGAUUGUGCGGUGUUGCCGGCACUUUCCAUUAGUUCUGUACACCAACGUGGCAAGUGUUUAGUUAAGGAGCUGGAAAAGUGUGACAAAGAAAGGGAUCAAAUGUCAUAGCUGAUACUGAAGCACAGUGAGCGUGCCACAUAUUUCUGGAUAUUUGUGCAUAAUUUCUAAUAAGAGGAGAAAUAUGGCAUCCAAGAAGGAAGAGGAAGUGAGUGCAAUACGUCUUGAGGAAUUUCACAAACAUCCUCUAUCUCCCGUAAAAGAUGUGAAAAAGACAUAUACUGUGGAAGAAGCUGUAGAGGCCAUUGGGUUUGGACGCUUUCAUAUACUGUUAUUCCUGAUUAUGGGAAGCACCAGUGUAGUUGAAGCCAUGGAGAUCAUGUUACUAGCAGUUGUUUCUCCAGUAAUUCGUUGUGAAUGGCAUUUAGAAGACUGGAUGGUUGCCUUAGUCACUACUAUGGUGUUUUUUGGCUACAUGAUGUGUAGUGCACUUCUGGGACAUUUAGCUGAUCGAUAUGGUAGAUGGAAGAUAAUAUUUAUAUGUUUCAUCUGGGGUGUUUAUUUCUCCCUCCUGACAUCGUUUUCACCAACAUAUGGCUGGUUUGUCUUUAUGCGUACCAUGGUGGGAUGUGGAGUUUCAGGCCAUGCUCAGGGAUACAUUAUAAAAACAGAAUUUGUGCCUUCUAAAUACAGAGGAUACAUGUUGCCAAUGUCUGCAAUUUUCUGGCUGAUUGGAUCAACAUUUAUAAUCAUUUUCGCUUCUGUGAUAAUCCCAGUACUAGGCUGGCGAUGGCUGAUUCGUAUCUCCAUAGUCCCAAGCAUUGUUCUUAUUGUGCUAUUUAAGUUCAUUCCAGAGUCAGCAAGAUACAAUGUUUCUGCUGGAAAUGGAGCAGCUGCUAUUAAAACUCUGGAAAAGAUUGCAAGGAUGAACCGUUCAUCUUUACCUGAAGGCACAUUAGAAGAACCUUAUUGGGAAAACAGAGGAAGUUUCCGUGACUUAAUAGAUCCUAAGUAUCUGCGUACAACUUUACAAAUAUGGCUGAUAUGGUUUGGAACAUCAUUUGCUUAUUAUGGCAUUAUCCUGACCAGUUCAGAGUUGCUAGAGCGCAACUUGGUCUGUGGUGCACAGGAAACAGCCGCUGAGACUGUUGUGGUUGCUGAUGAGAUUCGAAACCCGUGUCAUUGUCAGCUGUUUGGUCCAUCAGACUACAAGGCCAUGAUUAUCAGUACUGUUGGAGAAAUUACAUUAAUUCCACUGAACAUCUUGGGAAUUAAUGUGAUCGGAAGAAGGCUCAGCUUGGCAAUAACUAUGUUUUUAACUGGGGUGUUUUACCUUCUUCUUAAUAUAUGCACAGGAAAUUCUGGGUUGAUCGCACUUUUAUUCAUUCUUCGUUCCCUUGCAUCAGCAAACUUCAACACCAUCUAUAUUUAUACUGCUGAGGUGUAUCCAACAACAGUCCGUGCUUUUGGAAUGGGAUCAUGCAGUUCACUUAGUCGUAUUGGAGGCAUGAUAGCUCCAUUUAUAGCUCAGGUUCUCAUAGCUCAGUCUGUAAUAGGAGGCCUUACUUUGUUUGCUGUGGUCUGUUUUCUCUGUUCUCUCUCAGCAUUUACUCUCCCAAUAGAAACAAAAGGAAGAGCACUCAAGCAAGUGACAUGACCUUCACCAAUUCCAAGAUUGUUUUUUGUGUACGAAUCCACUGCAAAGAACCAAAAUAAAUGCUAACAGAGAUUUCAUACGAAGAUGUAGCAACAGCAGGAAAAUGGAAUUUGAGGACAAGAUCAAUACUGCAACCAAAAAAGAGGAAACAGUGACCAGUCUGCAGUGUUGGAGAGGAGUGUGGACUUUUCUACCCUAAAUCCUGCAGGACAGGAAAACAUAUAUUUGUCCAUGGAAUUAGCAUGCAAAACGAAUAAGAGCAUUAAAAGUAAAGUAAUCUGUUUACACAUCUUCCACUCAGGGGGCUGACAAGCAUUUGGUCUAAUAAUCCAUUAAAAAUAAACUUUUCUAUUUAUGUAUAACCUCCACUCAGGAGAGGUGACAAAUGUUUGAUCUAAUAAAUGCAUUAAAACUAAACCUGUAUGCUCAUAUCCAACUCUCUGCCAGGAAAAGUGGCAAACUUUUGUUUUUUUGAUGGAGUGGAUGCCCUGUUAGUAAACUAUUUAACCUAUAAAAUAACAAUAUUAUUUUCAGAUUGUAAAAUAUGGAAGACUGCAUUUUGUGAUGUCUGUUAAAAUCAGACCUUUGUUACAUGUAUAACACAAUGACUAGUCUGGCCUCCAGUGUUUUUUUAAAAGUCCUUCCAGAGAGAUCACCCCAUUACUGAGAUGUGUUUAUAUGGGUGAUCUUUCCACUUCUAAUGCUUUCUUCUAGGAGCAGAUGUAGACAUGGAAAGAAAAAUAAUUGGACACAAAGAGCAGAUCUUUAGUCUUCUAGCUAUCCCAGGAAUACAACAGUAGGCAAACCUAACAUAAGCAAAAGCAGGGUUGGACUAGCAGUAAAACAUAAUUAUAGGGAAAGGAGGGUAGGAUGUAACCCGCUUAAUUUCAUACUAUCAUAUCUCCUAAAACUAUUUUUUCCUGUGAUUACUUUGGUUAGUAGAUAAGUGUGUUGUUCCUUUUUGACAUGAUAUGCAAAUACAAUUAAAAGCGG